GGAGGAGGAGGGGGAUGGUGUAGAAUCAGUUUUAAAGGGUGAUGAAAUGGUGUCUAAAAUCAAUGAGACUUUUUUGGGUGUUUUGGAUCUUCCACCCCAUGAUAGUCGCUUCAAUGCUUGUCUCCCGGUGCCUUCUGAUUGGCCCAUUUGCUCCGGCAAACGUCCCGAAUCAUUCACGCUGCCCAACUUUUUCAACCACACUUCUGUGGAGGAGGUGGGGGCGGUCCUACAGGAGUGGGCAUGGCUCACAAAAUUGGGGUGUCACCACGGCGCCGAGUGGUUCCUCUGCCUCCUGCUGGCCCCCCGCUGCACGGCCCCCCCCCAUCCACACUUGCCCUGCCGCAGCUUCUGCCAGGUGCUGCAGGACAGCUGCUGGGCGUCUCUGGAGGACGGGCGUCUCCCUGUGGAGUGUCACCUCCUGCCGGACGGGGGGCAGGAGCCCGGGGGUCCCGCGUGCGCGUCCGUUAGUAACCUGAAAGCGGAGAGCGGCGUCUCUUUGCUGCAGCUGAUCGGAGACCCCCCUCCGGAUGAGAUCCCCAGGAUGACUGGACCCAGGGGGGAGCGGGGCUUCAUCUUCAACCGGGCGUCAGUGUCGGGCCAGCCGGCUCUGGCCCACAUCCCGAACCCCUUCCACCGCCACUUCUCCCUCGUCUUCCACAUCAAGCCCACCUCCCCCGACGCCUCGGUGCUGUUCUCCAUCACCGACGGGCCUCAGAAGAUCAUGUACGUGGGCGUGAAGCUGAGCGCGGUGCAGAAUGGCCGCCAGAGGGUGCAGUUCUUCUACACCGAGCCCGGCUCGGAGGCUUCGUACGAGGCCGCCAGCUUCGAGGUGCCCAGCCUGGUGGAGACCUGGAGCCGCUUCUCGCUGUCCGUCUUCGACGAGCAGGUCACUUUCUACCAGGGCUGCGACUCGGAGCCCCAGGUGGUCAAGUUCGAGCGCUCCCCCGACCCCAUGGAGCUGGACCCGGGGGCCGGGAUCUUUGUGGGGCAGGCGGGGGGGGCCGACGCCGACAAGUUCAAGGGUGUGAUUCUAGAUCUGAAAGUGGUGGGGGACCCUCGUGCAGCGGAGCGUUUGUGUGACGACGAGGACGACUCUGACGCUGCCUCUGGUGACUUCGGCAGCGGUGACGGCGAGCGGAGACAGACAGGACGCACUGUGAAGACCACUCCUCGUCCCUUGCGGCCGGUACCUGCCCCCCCUCUGAUUCCCUCAGAGGGGAACAGACUCAGAGAACCAGGUACCGCCGGUUCUAAAGGGGAGAAAGGAGACAGAGGGGACCAGGGCUUAACGGGGGACCUUGGCCCCGCAGGGCCGAAGGGGAAGUCCUCCUCCUCUGGGUCCUCCUCCGGGUCCUCCUCCUCCUCCUCUCAGGGCGGAGGACAGAAGGGAGAAAAAGGAGUAAAGGUAUGUGAACAGUGACGUAAAGUAGGUGGUGAAGACUGGAUUUGAGGACAUAAUAAACAAACCGGCUUUCUUUCCAACACACAGCUCCAGAUUUCCCUUUUAAAGAAAUGGAAUAAGCCCACUUCAAAGUAUUCAU